ACUAUCUUCUGCAGGUAAUACAAUAGCUUUAAAGGAUUUGUUUACUAGGCUCGAUGAUGUAGAGAAAGAUUUUCGAGAUAAUAUUAGAGCUUACAAUUCCAUCUUCGCAUUCACUUUUAUGGGAGUCAAGUUAGAUGAAGAUCUUGCAAAUGUGCAAGGUGGAAUAUAUCAUUCUAUUGGUUCUCUUCUUCUGGUUAACGAUGUUCCAAAAUUUCUUCAGUUAUACAUUUAUGAUACUGAACAAGAAACAAAUAAUAGACUUGCUAUUAUGCCUCAACUUCGUCACGAUACUUUGGAAUUUAUCAAAUCCGUUUUAGACCAAUUAAAUCCUUUUGUAGCCAACUUUCACUCGAUUUCUUCUUAUAAUAAUGUAACUGAUCUUUGCUUUUCUAUCAAGGCCGAUCAUAGCUUAGAUCAACAUACUUAUAAUGCACCAACUGCUUCACAAGUUGCUGCUGUUGGUUCCUAUGAUCUAAUGCAAUAUCCGCUUCUUUUUCCUCAGGGUGAUUAUAGUUGGCAUCCUAAGAUCCUACAAAAUAUGUCGCAAAAGAAAGUCACUACCAGGCAAUAUUAUGCAUACAAAUUACACUUCCGUGAAUCUUCUUCCGUGUUACUUUUUUAUGGCAGCCAUCUUUUUCAACAAUACAUUGUUGAUAACUAUGUUAAGAUCGAAUCUACGCGUCUUAACUACUUUCGUUUUGGCCAAGAUAAAAUUCGUAGUGAACUUUAUUAA